AUGUCCGAUCAUGGGACGUGCUCUGGGGCCGAUUGCGACAAUGAAGCUGGGACCUUGCAAUGCCCAACGUGUCUAAAGCUGGGCAUCAAAGGUAGUUACUUCUGCGCUCAAGACUGCUUCAAGAGAAAUUGGACCACACACAAGGCGGUGCAUAAGAUACAAAAUGCUAGCGGAGUUUACGACCCCUUUCCGACAUACCCGUUCACGGGCUCUGUCAGACCCGUAUAUCCACUCUCCCCGCGACGACCAGUGCCUAAAACAAUCAAGCAUCCCGACUGGGCCGUGACUGGCAUUCCAAAGCGUGAGAUGCGCCUGAGUAGGUCAAAAUGGGACCUGUUGGAUGCAAAGGGCCAGGACGCCAUGCGUAAGGUGUGUAGGUUAGCUCGAGAAGUACUCGAUAUAACUGCUGCGGCGAUAAGGCCCGGCGUGACCACAGAUUACCUGGAUGAAAUUUGCCAUAAUGCUUGCGUUGAGCGAGAGUCAUAUCCUUCUCCACUUAACUACAACCACUUUCCUAAGUCGGUAUGUACAUCUCCGAAUGAAGUUGUAUGCCACGGCAUCCCCGAUCACCGAGUUCUUCUUGAUGGCGACAUUCUUAACCUCGACGUUUCUCUAUACCAUGGUGGAUAUCAUGCCGACUUGAACGAGACCUACUAUGUUGGUGAUAAAAAGGAUCCGGAAUCGAUCAGGCUUGUUGAAACGACCCGUGAGGCCUUGGAUAUGGCUAUCGCGAUAAUUAAGCCAGGUGUACCGAUUCGAGAGUUCGGUAAGAUCAUUGAGAAACACGCAGCCUCUAGGGGCCUUGCCGUUAUUAAGACUUGGGGUGGCCACGGUAUCAACUCGGAAUUCCACCCUCCUCCUUGGAUUCCCCACUACGCGAAGAAUAAGGCCGUGGGAACAUGCAAACCCGGGAUGACAUUCACGAUCGAACCUAUCCUCACUCUGGGAACCAACCGAGAUAUGACUUGGCCAGAUGACUGGACAAACGCCACGGUGGACGGCAAACGCUCAGCCCAAUUUGAACAUACUAUGCUUGUCACAGAAACAGGCGUCGAGGUUUUGACGGCGAGACUGGAGAACUCCCCAGGAGGGCCAAUUCCCAUACCAGAGACUGAAAACGGAGAUACAAAUGGAAAAGCAAAAAAAUAA